CGGAGGUCCGGACGCGCAGAGCGGCAGACAGGCUGAGCAGAGGAGCGCAGAGGAGGUGGCGCUCGCUCCUCUCUGCGUCCGGGACAACACACCGACACACACACACUCUCUCUCUCUCUCUCGCUCUCUCUCUCUCUCUCUCUCUCUCUCUCUCUCUCUCUCUCCCCCCCUCUCUCUCGCCGUCUCCUCCUGCUGGAGAUAAAUUAACGGAAAGCAGCUGUCGGUUGUUUCAGAGGCGAGGCGGCCGUCUGGCAGCUCAGGGAUCCCGUGUUUGCCUUUUUCUUCAGUCUUUAUCUCCUCGGGACUCCGCCGACACGCUGCUGCUGCUGCUGCUGCUGCACCGCCCUCCGUCCCGAGCACCGAGGAGCCGCACCGCCUCACCCCGGACACAGCGCACCGCAGGACGGAUUGACAUGCUGCCGAGGUCCGCCGGUCGCCGCGGCUCUCCGGCGGUUUGAAAUGCACUUUGUGGACGUUUUGGAGAUUUGCACCGUCCACCACCACCGACCCCACCGCCUCACCCCCCUCUCCCCCCUCACCGCACCGGACCGCUCCGUGGCUCUCUAACGGGACUUUUUUCCUCUUGUUGCCGGAGAUGUUGCUCGUGUCUGCGCUGAAAGUUGUGCGCUCCCCGGCGGAGGGCCUCUAACAGGUCCGGACAGAAACCCGAGGCGGGCUCAAAGUUCAGCGCUGGGUGGAAAUGUGAAAGCGAAGGGGGCAACAGGAGGGCUUGAUUUCCCCCUCUCUCUCUCACUCUCUCUCCUUUUUUUUCUGUUCUUUCCUUUUUCACACACACACACACACACACACAUACAUUACACACUGCGCACACACACAGGCUGGAGUUACUGUAACCCCCCCCCCCCCCACACACACACACACACACACACACACAUAAACACACACACACCUUCCAGAUCUAAGAUUAGAUCCGACAGAUAUGUAUUCUCCGCUAUGUCUGACACAGGAUGAAUUCCAUCCUUUCAUCGAAGCCCUGCUGCCCCACGUCCGGGCCUUCGCCUACACCUGGUUCAACCUGCAGGCCCGUAAGAGGAAGUACUUCAAGAAGCACGAGAAGCGCAUGUCCAAGGAGGAGGAGCGCGCCGUCAAGGACGAGCUGCUCGGCGAGAAGCCCGAGGUCAAACAGAAGUGGGCGUCGCGCCUCCUCGCCAAACUGCGCAAGGACAUCCGGCCCGAGUUCAGGGAGGACUUUGUGAUGACGGUGACGGGGAAGAAGCCGCCGUGCUGCGUGCUCUCCAACCCCGACCAGAAGGGCAAGAUGAGGAGGAUCGACUGCCUGCGCCAGGCGGACAAAGUGUGGAGGCUGGACCUGGUCAUGGUGAUUUUAUUCAAAGGGAUUCCCCUCGAAAGUACUGACGGCGAGAGGCUGGUAAAGUCUCCUCAGUGUUCGAACCCCACGCUGUGCGUGCAGCCGCACCACAUCGGAGUCUCAGUCAAGGAGCUGGAUCUGUACCUGGCCUACUUCGUGCACGCAGGUCAGUCUCCUCCUCUGCUUUCAGUGUGUGUGUGUGUGUGUGUGUGUGUGUGUGUGUGUGUGUGUUGUCUUCAUGUGACUGUCACAUCAUUGAUACAUGCGAUGCUGCUGAUGUUGUGUGUCUGACGGUCUCAGUCGUUCUGGUCUCCAGCUGUGAGUCGGCCCUCUGCUCUGUGUGU